GGCGCCCGGCAGCAGCGGCGGCGGCCACAGCAGCCUCCGCGGCGGCCGCGGCAGGACUGGAAGCGCCGGCGGCGGGUGAGGGGCUCGCGUCGGCGGCGGCGACGGCGACGGCGACGGCGGCGCGCGGGCAGCUUCGAGGAAGAAAGAAGCCUGCGGCAUCCACCUAUGAAGUCCGUGCAGACAGUCCUGAAUAGUAAUUGUGGAUGGUGUGGCUGCCAGGCUGCUUCUGCCGUGCAUCUGAAAUGAACCUCUCCUAUUGAUUGUUUUGAUUGGCCCAGAGCCAGGAGUACUGGAUUCACCUGACUUCAGGAUAAAAAGAAAACAAUCUUGGUUAUCAUCAUAAACAUAUGAACCAGUGUGAUGGUGAAAUGAGAUGAGGCUCCGAAAUGGAACUGUAGCCACUGUUUUAGCAUUUAUCACUUCGUUCCUUACUUUAUCUUGGUAUACUACAUGGCAGAAUGGGAAAGAAAAACUGAUUGCUUAUCAACGAGAAUUUCUUGCUUUAAAAGAACGUCUCCGAAUAGCUGAACACAGAAUCUCUCAGCGGUCUUCCGAACUCAAUGCCAUUGUACAGCAGUUCAAGCGUGUAGGCGCAGAAACAAACAGAAGUAAGGAUACAGUGAAUAAAUUUUCAGAUGGUACCCUAAAGCUCUUGAGGGAGUUAACAAGCAAAAAGUCUCUUCAAGUGCCAAGUAUUUACUAUCAUUUGCCUCAUUUAUUACAAAAUGAAGGAAGCCUUCAACCUGUUGUGCAGAUUGGUAAUGGAAGAACAGGAGUUUCAAUAGUAAUGGGAGUUCCCACAGUGAAGAGAGAAGUUAAAUCUUACCUCAUAGAAACUCUUCAUUCCCUUAUUGAUAAUCUGUAUCCUGAAGAGAAGUUGGACUGUGUUAUAGUAGUCUUCAUAGGAGAGACAGAUAUUGAUUAUGUAAAUGGUGUUGUAGCCAACCUGGAGAAAGAAUUUUCUAAAGAAAUCAGUUCUGGCUUGGUGGAAAUAAUAUCACCUCCUGAAAGCUAUUAUCCUGACUUGACAAACUUAAAGGAGACAUUUGGAGAUUCUAAAGAAAGAAUAAGAUGGAGAACAAAGCAAAACCUUGAUUAUUGUUUUCUAAUGAUGUAUGCUCAGGAAAAGGGCACAUAUUACAUCCAGCUUGAAGAUGAUAUUAUUGUCAAACAGAAUUACUUUAACACCAUAAAAAAUUUUGCACUUCAACUUUCUUCUGAGGAAUGGAUGAUACUUGAGUUCUCCCAGCUGGGCUUCAUUGGUAAAAUGUUUCAAGCGCCAGACCUCACUCUAAUUGUGGAAUUCAUAUUUAUGUUCUAUAAGGAGAAACCCAUUGAUUGGCUCUUGGACCAUAUUCUGUGGGUGAAAGUCUGCAACCCUGAAAAAGAUGCAAAACAUUGUGAUCGACAGAAAGCAAAUCUGCGGAUUCGCUUCAGACCUUCCCUUUUCCAACAUGUGGGUCUGCAUUCUUCACUAACAGGAAAAAUUCAGAAACUCACGGAUAAAGAUUACCUGAAACCAUUACUUCUUAAAAUCCAUGUAAACCCCCCUGCAGAGGUAUCUACUUCUCUGAAGGUCUACCAAGGACAUACACUGGAGAAAACUUAUAUGGGGGAGGAUUUCUUCUGGGCUAUAACUCCAGUAGCUGGAGACUACAUCCUGUUUAAAUUUGACAAGCCAGUCAAUGUGGAAAGUUAUUUGUUCCAUAGUGGCAACCAGGAACGUCCAGGGGAUAUUCUGCUCAACACAACUGUAGAAGUUUUGCCUUUGAAGAGAGAAGGUUUGGAAAUCAGCAAAGAAACCAAAGACAAACGAUUAGAAGAUGGUUAUUUCAGAAUAGGGAAAUUUGAGAAUGGUGUUGCAGAAGGAAUGGUGGAUCCCAACCUAAACCCCAUCUCAGCAUUCCGACUUUCAGUUAUUCAGAAUUCUGCUGUUUGGGCCAUUCUUAAUGAGAUUCAUAUUAAAAAAGUCACAAACUGACUAUCUCCUAAGAAACCAACACAUUUUUUCCCUGUGAAUUUGUUGAUUAAAGAUGGCUGAGCGUGUACCUUUUUUUGGUAACUUGAAUUCUACCUCUUGUGAAAUCUACUGUAGAUAAGAUGAUUGUCAUUUCCACUUGGAAAAUGAAUCUUCCAUGGAUAAUUGUAUUCAUUCGAACCUAAGCUGUCCUCCAGUUUUAACUUGACUCAGACAUUUUACAGU